UUUGGGAGGUUUUUGAAGUUAUUUGAAAUUUGACUAAUUGAUAACAUUACUUUUCGAAAACCCUUUAUCAAUGGGCCAAAUUUGAAUGCUACGCUAGCAUAGCCUAAAAAGAGAAGUUUUGGUGUCCUCAAAGUUUGAUGCACUAAUUAAGUUAUUAAUGUAAAGUGACAGAUAUUUCGUGAAAUUAGUCAAGGUAUGAAAAAAACUGGCCUAGAUAAAUUUGAUGCACCAUGGAUCUUUUCUCAACCAAAGUGGACAUGUACAAAGUCAUGCCAACUUUCCAAUAAGAUAACCUUAUCCAACAUAACCAAUAAGAACCAGCCAUGUAGGACAAAACAAUAUGUACCAAACUCCAAAUUUCAAUUUUCCACCUCUCAUUAAAAAUCCCUUCUUUAUCCUCUCAAUACAAAAUCACAUCAUAUUACCAACACCAUACUCUUUAACUUUUAUACCAAGAAAAUUAAGAUCAAUUCUUGUUAGCAAAAGGCAAAAGAAAUGGCUACAACUUCAAUAGUAUCAAUGGCAAUGCCACUAACAUGCAAAAGCCAAAACAAACAGCCAAUAGUUGUUGAAGCUUUUUUCAAGCCAUUGCCAAUUAGGCCAUCAAAACAAAUUGCAACAUCAAAAUCAACCAAUAAGUUUGUAGUCAUCAAGGCUUCUGGUUCUUCUUCAAUGAAAGAAAAAGCAGUGGCAGGAUUGUCAGCAGGUUUACUCACAGCAUCAAUGGCGUUACCUGAUGUAGCACAAGCUGGUGAAAGCUUGUCACCAUCACUUAAGAACUUCUUGCUUAGCAUUGUGUCUGGUGGGGUUGUGCUUAUUGUAAUUGUUGGUGCUGUUAUUGGUGUUUCCAACUUUGAUCCUGUUAAGAGGGGUUAAUCUUGUGCUUUUCUUUAAUUAAUUGUGUAUCUAUAUAUGAUAUGGUUUGAUUUUCAUGUA